AAAUGGAUGAAGCAAUCUAUAUCAAAUAAUAUAUUUUAAAUGAUGAAAUAGAUGAGUAUGAUCUUGAAUGUAGUUUUAGAUAACUGUAAUAGAAUGUAGAAGAAGAAUCUUUAGAACAUUUAUACUAAUCUAUGAUGUAGUGUCAAUCUAAUCAUGAUUAUAAUGAUUUCAAUAAAAACUUAUCAUAAAAAAGAAAGAUCAAUGAUAUGAGGUAUCCACAUAUUUAUAAUCAUAUCUUCUAUAGAUUCUCCUAUCUGGAAGAUAAGAGAAUUUUAGAAUUGGUUAUUUAACUUGGACCUAAUUUCAAUAAAAUAGUAAAAUAUUUUCCAGGAAAAACUAUGAAUAUGAUUAAGAAUAGAUAUUAUAAAAAGUUAAGAUACAAUAAGGAUGAUUAUUUGGGUGACAAAGACAAUAUAAAAACUAAUCAUAAAGUAAAAAAGGACACUUGAAAACCUUCUCACACACAGAAUACUUUAAAU